CAUUUCUUCCUCUCUUCUUCUCUUCACUCUUCACUCCUCAGGGAUGCACAGAGAAUCAUCUCUGUGUAUGCUAAAUUUGGGUUUGCUUCCCAAUUCCCAGUAUAAACUUCUCUUUUUGUAGUGUUGCUUUUGCGAAAACCUGAGUGAAACACACAGGCUUGUGCGCUUCUAGAAAUAGAUAAUGGCGGUUGGAGGCGGAGGAGGCGAAGGCGGCUCCAAGAUCGACGAGUUCGCACCCUUCCCCGUCCAAGACCAGCUCCCUGGAGUCGACUUCUGCGUUUCCAGUUCUCCUUCUUGGCCUGAGGCCAUAUUUUUAGGAUUUCAGCACUACAUAGUGAUGCUUGGAACUACUGUGAUCAUUCCAUCCAUUCUCGUCCCUUUGAUGGGUGGUGGCAAUGUGGAGAAGGCUGACCUGAUCAACACUUUGCUUUUUGUUGCUGGAAUAAACACGCUCUUGCAGACUUGGUUUGGGACUCGGCUUCCAGUGGUGAUUGGAGGAUCCUAUGCUUUCAUUAUCCCUGCCAUCUCCAUUGUUUUGUCGAGUAACAACAACAACAACACAUUUCUCAGUCCCCAUCAGAGGUUUAAACAAUCUAUGAGAGCUAUACAAGGAGCACUUAUUAUUGCAUCAUUCUUUCAAAUAGUCAUUGGUUUCUUUGGGUUCUGGAGAAUUUUUGCAAGAUUUCUUAGCCCUCUUGCUGCUGUUCCUCUUGUGACUCUCACUGGACUUGGGCUUUAUGCACAUGGAUUUCCACAACUGGCAAAAUGUGUUGAAAUUGGACUUCCAGCAUUGGUUAUGGUUGUCCUCUUAUCUCAGUUUCUUCCUCAUUUGAUGAAAUCAAAAGGAAUCAAACUGGAUCAAUUUGCCGUCCUAUUCUCUGUUGCAAUUGUAUGGGCUUAUGCAGAAAUUUUGACAGUAGCUGGUGCAUAUGAUAAUAAGCCUACAAGCACACAAAUUAGUUGCCGCACUGAUCGUUCUGGGCUACUUAGUGCUGCUCCUUGGAUAAGAGUUCCAUAUCCAUUUCAAUGGGGACGUCCUACUUUUGAUGCUGGUGAUACUUUUGCAAUGAUGGCUGCUUGUUUUGUUGCUGUUGUUGAGUCUACUGGGACAAUCAUUGCAGCAUCAAGAUAUGGCAGUGCUACUCCAAUACCACCUUCUGUACUUAGCCGAGGUAUUGGCUGGCUGGGAUUGGGAACUUUGCUCGCUGGAGCUUUUGGUACAGGAAGUGGCUCGACUGCUUCAGUUGAAAAUGCGGGUCUUUUGGGAUUAACACGAGUUGGAAGUCAGAGAGUGGUUCAAAUAUCAGCUGGCUUUAUGCUUUUCUUUUCUGUGUUAGGAAAAUUUGGGGCUCUUCUCGCUUCCAUACCCUUGCCAAUCGUGGCAGCUCUGUACUGCAUCCUCUUCGCAUAUGUGUGUUCAGCUGGUCUUGGAUUUCUCCAGUUCUGCAACCUGAAUAGCUUCAGGACAAAGUUUAUCCUUGGCUUUUCUCUCUUCAUGGGUCUCUCUGUGCCACAAUACUUCAAUGAAUAUCUUUUAAUUUCUGGACGUGGCCCUGUUCACACUGGUGCCAUCUGGUUCAACAACAUAAUGCAAGUGAUUUUCUCAUCUCCGGCAACGGUGGCAAUUAUAGUUGCAUUCUUCUUGGACUGGACUCACAGCCUGAGGCACAGCUCAACCAGGCGCGACAGCGGUAGGCACUGGUGGAGGAAAUUCAGAAAUUUUGAUCAAGACUCUAGGAGUGCAGAGUUCUAUUCACUGCCUUACAACCUUAACAGGUUCUUCCCUUCAUUUUAAUGCCAGGCAAGGAAAGGAGUAAAAGUACAGAAUACUUGUCAAUUUAUUGCAUCCUUUAUAUAAUAAUUAUAUGUUCAUCAAAUGCAUAAUACAAGAAAGGAAAUUUGAUAUUUGAUUUCUUA